UGUUAUUCGAGAAUGUGGAUAUCUCUUCGUUUAUAGAUUGAGAAGUAAUUCCUUUUUACAAUAACAAUAUAAAUCAUUAUUCAAUCUUCAUCUUAUGAGCUGUGCAUUACAUCUCAACCAUGUUUUUAAAACCUUUCAAAGUGAAAUCUAAUAAUCAGUUGAAAGGCACCGAAAGAAAAAAAUUAUAUGAGGCUGUAACUCGCAGAUUCCCCAAGUUAUCCGAUGUUGACAUUCAGGAUUUGCUUCCUAAGAAGGAAUUGAUCACGGUUAUGAAGAUUGUGACACAUAAUGAAGAAAUUUGUAAAUUGUACUGCGUAGCCAAAGUCCCGAUUUUUUUCGAAUUGGAUCAGCCAGAUUUUCCCAUAUUUCCAACAAUUUUCACCCUUUGGCGAUUUCCCGAUUUAUUGUAUGCAUUCACAACCCAUCGUGCAGUCGUAUCUAAACUGGCAAGUGGUGCCAGUUUGAUGCUGCCUGGAGUAAUUUUGGAUGGACCACCGACGAUGUCGUCUUAUGGGCGAUUGAAAAAACACACACCGGUCUCUGUUAACACAGAAGACAACAAGGCUCCAGUGGCAGUUGGUAUCACCUUCCAUUCAUCGGAGGAUAUGUAUAUGUGUGCAGGUCGUGGAAAAUGCGUUGAUAUUUUACACGUAACUGGUGAUGCUUUGUGUUCGUUGGGAAAGCCUCCGUGUAGACCAGAACUAGGACCGAUUUCUUAUGACCUGACGUGCAGAACGUCUGAAGACAAUGAAAAGCCACCAGAACGAGUAGUUGAUGAGAUGUCAGAUUCUCCCGAGAAUAUUGAGUUUACACAACCACUAGCAACUAUGGAAUUUGAGAAGAACACUGCAAUUAUAGAUACCGAGGAGGAGGACAGAACAAUUCCUGCAGAACCAGUAGAACUUCCAGUCGACCCAGUGGAAGAAAUGGACAGACUCCUGGAGUUCUCUUUUCUAAGAGCUUGCAAAAAAAUUAAGAAAACCGAACUCCCCAUUCUCAGUUCAAAUUUCUUCAAAAAUUAUCUAAUUCCUGCUUGUCCCUCCAGUCAACCUUUGGACUUAAAAAAAACCAAUUACAAGAAAUUAUCAGUCUUCCUAGCAAAAAUGAAAACAAAAAAGAUCAUCGAUACGACAAUAAUUAAAGGUGUUGAAAGUAUAAUAUAUAUCGACUAUGACAAUUCGCUAUUAAAGGACGUAGACGUGUGCGAAGAAUCCAAAGAGCUACCAGAAAGUUCGUCAAAUACACCAGUUAUUACGGAAUGUUAUAAAAUUACAGCAGAUGUUACGCCAAUUCUAUCCAAGUUUGGAUACGAAAAGGGCGAGAUCAUGAAAAGACCAGAAAUUCGAAAAUGUUUCAUCGAUUAUUUACAGAAAGAGAAUCUCCGGGAUGGGAAAAACUUUACAUUAAAUCCUCAGCUGGCUAACAUAUUCAAAACGAAAGAGAGUAUUGUGACGCUAACAGUGGAGGAUGGAAUCAACAAAUUUAUUGGACGCAUGACGCAUACGUAUGAGAUUUCGAUAGCUGGUACAAAUUUCCUACGCGUUGGAAAAUUAGAACCCAUCGAUAUCACCGUGGCAACUCGAUGUAAUAAUAAAAAAGUCACUCUGGUUAACAAUUUGGAACAAUUUGGAAUAAAAUUGGAUGAAUUCAGUAAAGAGUGCCAGGGAAUUGGCGCCAGUGCCACAAUUACCGAUGUUCCUGGAAAAAAAACACCGAGUGUUCUUAUUCAGGGCAAUCAAGUGAUUUAUGUGUAUAAAUUACUGACGGAAAGUUACAAGAUUCAUAAGAAUUAUAUACGAGGCUUGGAAUUUGCACCGAAAAAACGCAAAUAAGUUAUUUUUUGUGAUAAUAAACUGCUGUUUAAUCAACAAUAAUUUACCCUAUCAUUUUUGCUCGAUUCGACCUGGUUGAUCGAAUUGGACAAAUUAGACAAAAUUAUUUUUGAAGUUUAUGGUAGCCUGUUGCCUUUAAUCGCCACUCAGCUCAUCGUUAAUAGCGAUGUAUGAAAUUUGGACGAGGGGAUGAGGAAAUAAUAUUCCCAAUACUAAUAAUACAAUAUAAUUAAUAUGUUAUUAA